GCUAAGAUGGCGGAGGGCGCAGCGGGCGGCGGCGGCGGGAUGGCCGCGGGGCUGCCGGCGGCGAACGGGGCUGGCAACGGCGUCGUGGGCGACGGAAUCCCCAAAAGCGAAGGCGAGCGGCCCAACCAAAACGAGAAAAGGAAAGAGAAGAAUGCCAAACGGGGAGGCGGGAGCCGCUUCGAGCCCUACGCCAGCCCUUCGAAAAGAUACCGUGCCUUCAUUACCAACAUCCCCUUCGACGUGAAGUGGCAGUACCUGAAAGACCUCGUCAAAGAGAAAGUUGGUGAGGUAACAUACGUGGAGCUCUUAAUGGACGCUGAAGGAAAGUCAAGGGUAAGUCUCUGAGAGCAUUUCUCCCGCGGAUUUUUUGUUUUCUACUCCUACCUGCCCAAAUGUAACUGUUAUGGUGGUGUGGAACCGAACCGAACCUGGGAGACGUAGCGUGUGUGGAGUCGAGUGGUUCUCUCUCUCCCUCUCUCUCUUUCUCUCUCUUUUGUCGGCGCUGCCCCUGAGCUGC